CAACAGCAUCCCAAUGUGUCGGGAGCACCGCGUAGGAUGUGUCCGACACGGCAGGAUGCUGUCUUAUCAGAUUGCUCGGAAAGCUCGUCGUGUACGCACGCAUUCGACGGAUGUGCAACGCAAAGUGAAACAAAACAAGGCACAGUGUGGAAAGCAAGAAGAAAAAUAUUAAAUAAAUUGUGAAUUGUGUGUGCGUUGCUGCUUUUUCCUCCUUCCCUCCAGCAUUAACUGGGGCUUCUAUAAUUUAUAAAACGCUUAACAAUGCAUUGAUAUGAGUAUUGAUUGUGUCGUGCUCAAACAAAACAAAUCUUCUGCAGAUGCCUAGGUGUGUGCAAAUCGAAUGAAUACAUACAUACACAACUGGAUUUAGAGCGAUUUAAUGCGAAGAAAGCAAUUUGUGGCGCGGCAGCGGGCAGGUGAGCGCGGUUAACGCGUAUAGUGCCGUGGACAGCAGACAAUGCCAUAAUAGAAGUUGUGUGCGUGUGUAUGUGGCAGUGAAAAAGUGCUCUGCUCCUACCCACUGCUUCAGUGUGAUGGUAACGCCGAAAAGCAUGCAACAGAUCCUUGAAAGCAUAUUAAAAAAUUGUUGCACGCACGCAAAUACAUAACUAAAGCAACAACAGUGCUUAGCGCAGUGUCUGAGUGUACGUGUGUGUUAGUGUGUAUCCAUCAGCAUUGCUAACUCUUUUGUGGCUUUUCAGUCAAGAAUCAUAAAUACCAAUCCGACUGGAUAUCGAUGGCGCACAAGGAGCACCAUAAACUGCGUAAAUUCUAAUUUGUACGAAAGGAAAAAGUUAGCUCAGUUCAUAUCAUAAGCAAUGAUAACCCAUACAUCGACACACAAGUAUGCGUAAAUAUACAAUAUCAAACAAAUUGACAGAGGAGACGUCAACUAAUUAAGAACGAAAACGAGUUGUCCUUAUUUAAGCGUACGGUAACUGAAACCCAUAACAACAGCAAGAACAACAAACAAAAGUAAUUGUAAUUACAACAGAGAACAUAACCUGAAGAGCGGGUUGAAGUCGAUGUGAUGCCUACGCGACGGUCGGGCGGCGCCACAGUGCGACGCAAGCACUCAAUUGGAAAUUUGCGUCGCGCUCAUCCCGCCUCGGGUGCCACAUGGAAUGUGCAAGUGGUACGUGGUAAAAUGUCAUCUAAGUGCCUUUGGCAUGCUUGUCGCGCACUUGUGCUAGGUCUGACGCUGAUGCUGCUCGGCGCCGGUAUGGCUACGAUAGGUUAUUAUGCGGACCACCUUUCCACGAACUCUGAACUGCGUGGCAAUGCGACGGUGAGAGUCAAGAAUGACCUGAAGGGCUUCCAUCUCAACAAUCUCUCUUACGUCGGGCCGAUUGUAAUGGGUUUCGGGGGUUUCAUUGUCGUUGCUUCGUGCGUUAUGACAUUUGAGGCGCGUGACUCGGCGGCAAAAGUGGUGCCAGCGCGUUUUCGUGCCGGUGCGAGUGGUAGCAAGACAACGGUGCGUAGUAAUCAGAGCAGCGCAACUUCACAGCGACGCGCCGUGGGCAUACAAUUGCAGUCCUCGCGCUGGGAUCAACAGUUUGGUGUGUUUCGCACAUCCCCAGCCGAGCCGCCACCACAGAACACACCGCAGCCCUUCGAUCGUGACGCGCUUACCGCGGAGCUAGUCAAAUUUUCCAAAUCGCUCAGCGCAUCCGCUCGCUUUUCUCCACAACUACGACGCCUCACCCACACUGGUUCUGUGCCAAAUCUCUCCACACAUGUCCCCCACCCCAUCGCUUACUCCACUAACCUCUCACAUUUGCUUUCGCCGAAUCACAAACCACUUUUGUUGUUGGAACAAAAACGUCACCAUCGCCACCAUCAUCGGCACCACCACCACCAUCGCCAAACACCCACGAGCAGCAGCGGGCGACAAGUGAAGUCGCGCGGACCACGCAUCAGCAACAGUUUGGUGCAACGCAACACACGUGAAAAUGGUGGCCCUUGUGCGUUGCUCCAGCCACCAGGCACAAACAAGCUCUACUGGCAUGCGGCCUCUUUCGACGACGGCCUUCGUGGGGAUAAGCAUCUUUCAAGAGCCACGGUGGCUGACAUGUCGCGGCGCUCUGAUACGGCCAAACGUCAUGUGUUGGCACGACAGAAGCCGAUCGAGCAUGAAGAGGACAAAAGCAGCCCUCUGGGCAAUCGCAGAAGUUCUACUAUGUCAGACUCGUCGUACAGUGGCCGCUGGACGGCACGUUGCGCUUCGAUGGCUAGUCGCGCAUCAAGUAUCGAUUCACGACGUAUACAAGUAGAUCUGCAUAGCCCCGAGGUAUUGCCGAAAUCCAUACUGCGUUCACCGAAGCGCUAUAGCUCUGGACCAUCCGCCACACCGUCGGUAGAAAAAGAGUUCAGAAGCCAACUAAGUGUUUGCUCAGAACCACCCGCUCCCAUACACCAGCUUUCCGGUCAAUCGAGCUUAGAACCUUGUUUCCCCGAAGAACUCAUAGAUAACACGGACGAAAAACCAUAUACCAGCAUUAAUGGGGUCGCACUAUCACCAGAUGCACUAAACGUGGCCAUUCAAACCAUAUCCAUGACAACCACAAACCAUGUAGAAGAACUACCACCAUCACAGCCACCCAAGAAAUUAAAUAGCAUUCUAAAGAAACCACGCCCCGACACACUUUGCCUCGCAACCAAUACAAAAUCCGCCGUAGUAAGUGAGAUCAAUAAAUCACUAUGCCGCAGCAACUCCUCGCGCACUUUCUAUAGACCCAAACCACAACUGCCCAACGAACUGGAUGACAGCAUCUUCUACAUACGUUCCUCUAGUGAACGACAAAGCAUCGAUAGUAACGAGCUCUAUGAUUCAGUGCAAGUUAUAAAUGAAAGACGAACAACACUGCUGAGAGCGGAGAGUGAAGCUGCGCUCUAUAAUGUGAAAAAAGCGAGCAGUUUCUCACUGCUAGCCGAGAUACCGGAGCGUGCACAAAACAACUCGAUAGAUGUGGAAGAGAAUACGCCCAGCGAGCCGGCCAAAGAUACGCAGCCGAAAAAUGAGACCACCGUGGAAAUCGAAAGUGAACCAACACAACCACCGACAAGUGAGAUCACGUAAUGGAGUGAUCGAAGUGUUAUACGUAUAUAAAUCAAAUACUGACAAGUGUCAGCGUUCUUACGUUCAGGAAACAUUAGAAGUUUUGUAGAAACCUCUAGGAAUAUAGGAGUAUAUUUUAUACCAAAAGCACAGAAGACAUAUUUUGUAGACAAAUAUUUCGGUACUAGUAUAUGUAUGUAGUUAUGUUCAUAGGUAAGUAUACAGUUAGAUCAGUUCGUAUUACAUAUUUAGUGAGUUACUGAGAAGAGUUUGGGAACCACUAUGAAAUCGAUUUAAGAAACAACCGGCUGACAGAAUUUAUGCGUAGAUAGUGGCUCAAUCAGGAGGAUAUUUGUAUUAUUUGGCUUUAUUUUUUAACUGUUAUAUUUUAUUGGUUAACUUACAAAUAUAGAGAUAGUGAUAUAUAGUGCUCUCUCUACCACUAAAUACUCAAUUAAUGAGAGCGUCAAGCAAUAAACACUAGAACUAUGAACUUGUUACGAAACAAUUAUUUACCGAUGUUGUUGUUAUUUAAAAUAUUGUUGUUGUUAAAUGGCUGUCUUAUGCAUAGUUAAGUUAGUAAUUAUUAGACGUUUCUACGGAACAAUAAAAUAUAACUAUCAAUAACUUAAGUAUUGUAGAGCAAACUCUCUCAAUAGCAGUAUCGCAUAGAAUAGACACGAACGGUGAAGUUAUCUUGCAGAUCCGAUGAGACUAAGUUUUAUUUCGAAAUCUAUUCAUGUCAAUGUUUUUAUUUCUAGAGAAAUAAAUAGUUUGGGGUCUCAUGGAGCCUAACUUUUGGUUUGAGUUUACGAGUUGUAUGAGGAGAAACAUAUUUUCAUUUCAUGAAUUAUUUCCUUUAAAAACGACAAGUCUAUUAAAGUAAUUCAAUAAUAUAUAUCAUUCUUAAACGAGCUUCCACAAAGUAUUAAAUGUAGAACAUCUAUAACUAUAUAAUCGCAUGUGUUCUAGUAGUAUCUAAUUAACUGAGUCUGCAUAUCUUUUUGUGAUUUAAAAUUUAUUUCCGUCAAUUUGCUCAAACAACUAAGAAACUGAAACGAAUCUUUCAAAACAUCAAGUAAUUUUUCUAACGAAUUUUAUACUAAUAGCUUACUGUGUUUUUAAAUAUGUUUAAUAGUGCUUAAACAAAUUAGUCUUCCCUACACUAAAUGUAGUUAAUUUAUUUCAAUCCUAAUUUAUGUCAAACCAACUUAAAUGACGCAACGAAUUGCUAUGAUAUUUAAUGUAAUUUUUUUUAUUUUUUUCUUCAAAAUAUUUUUUCGAUUAAAAUUCUUUAAAAUAAUAUAUUUACAAAUUAUAAUACAGCUGCCCCAAAAUGAGAAAUCACGCGAAAUAAAUUUCUUUUAAGGUCGUUAGAUAGAAAUUGUGGCCUAUAAAAGGAGCUUAUUUAUGUUUAACCAUAUCAUUUAUGGGUUUGUUUGGAACAUACUUCGACUAUCCUUUAAAAUAUCAUUCACGUCGAAUUUUACUUUAAAAUUUAACUAAAAUACACUUUUCUUAAGAAACCAUACUUAUAUUGAAGACUGAUGUGAAUAAUGAACACCGUUAGCAUGUAAUUGCAGUAGAAACAAGUGCCGUCUACAGAAAACUGAUAUCAAAAUAAUGUCUGGUAUGAAUUCAUGAAGCACACAAAUGUCGUAAAUUUAUAAUUUAUAUAAUUUAUAAAGAAAGUUAUUUAGGAACCAUAUCUACAUAUAUAUGAUUAAUUGUCAUUUACUGAUGAUGACAUACACUUUAAAAAAUAGUUUUUACUUGUUAUAUAUACUAUUCAAUUUACCGUUGAGUGAACAACUAUUUUGUCAUUGUCAAAAUCUUAUCAAAUACUUUAUAUACAAUAUAUAUUUAAAUAUAAAAUAUUCUUUUCCUAAGUGUACAUAUUCUCAACAACCGUAGACUUCGAGUAAUCUAAUUUUUCGAACUGUAUUGAUUGUGUUCGGGUUCUUAACCCCUGUAGAGCACGUUAUAAAGAUCCGAAAUUGAUAGGUAGUACAUAUUAAUCUUACUAACGUUACUGAUUAUUCGAACUGACAAAAGAGCAGCUUGUUUAGUUACUUGAAUAGGUGCCAGUAAUGCGUUCUAAAAGAACCAUUGGUUAUUUUUCUCAAAAAGUGUGGAGUAGAAUUUCGACAUAUAUUGCUUGUAGCUCAGGGCAAUUUUUGUCUAUUUUUCGUAUUUAUUGAACUACACUGGUCUGCAGAGUUUUCUUUUGUCCUAAAUGUAAAAUCGAUUUUGGAUAUAUACAUAGCACAGUUAAUGAAACUAUCAAUGGUUUUGUAAGAUUUGCUCUCAUUUAUUUUUAAAUAUUUAUUUCCAUAUUACACUACGAGAAUCAGAAAACUUAAACCAGUAUAUUUAUUUCAUAUGUCUGCUUUUUUUAGGGAAAAAAUAAGAAUACUUCUAAGUAAACACAGAGAAAAAUGUCGAAAACUUUUCUUUUAUAGUUUUUUUAGUGUCAACAUCCUUUUAAGGAUCAUAUAUAAUCUGCCAUCAAAUGACGAUCUCAACAAACUUGAUACCAUUCUUCCACCACUUUUAGAUUCUAGUUGAACCUAUCUCUACCUCUUCCUCACUAAAAUUUCCAAAAUUAUCCGAAAAUUUGUUCAGAUGAUAAGGAGGUAGUCUAAGUUGAUAUAGCAGUCUAACAGUUUGCCAGCAUAUUUUUCAAAAAUUUUUUCAAAAUUUGGUACUUAAUGGUUACCUAGAAAAUUUUCGACUAUCAACACAAAACUUUUUGAUGAUUCACUUCCUAGAAAAAUCAUUUUUCAGUAUCAAUAUUCCACUCUUAAGGUUUUCCAUACUAAAAUUGGAAAUUUUUUGUCGACGUCACUAAAACAGUAUCCUCUCACGUUGAAUCGAUACCACUUUUAUUCAACGCUUUGACUAAUUGCUUUAUUUUUCCUAAUUAGAUCACGUAUUAAGGGGCGAGCCUGCUUUAGAAGCUUCAACAAAUCGAUUUCCUUUUUGCUUAAAUCUCUUUAAAAAUAAUCUAAGAACAUGUCCUCAAAGUUAUAGAUGGGAAUUCGAAAUAUUUUCAAAGAAGGGAAAUAGUGACCGAGCGUCCAGCAGACAUAUUAGCGCUUGGGUAGAAAGGGAAAACUUUGACGCGCGAUUUCUUGGUUUUUCAUUUUUACGAUUUUUCUUAAUUGGCAGACAGGAUAGAAAAAAACGUAAACGUCGAAUCGAAUUGGGGCAAAGUUUGUUAUCUUUGACAUUAAAUUAUCUUCUAUUUAAACCAAAAAAAAACUAAGAAAAGUCAAGUUUGAACAUAUUUUAAAACAACAUAAA